AAUAAUCAUCUUAACACUUAUAUUUCAGAAUGCAUCAUUAUCAAACCAAAUCUAUACAAAGCAAUAUUCCGGACAUUUAUUUGGGGCUGGAGUGAGGCGACAGGAUAUAUGGCCGUGGCAGAGGUCCUUUUCUUAACGCAGCCGAUAUUUUUAAGGUAUAUUAUACAGAUAAUCGAAAUAGAGGGACGGGUCGAGGCAGAAUGGCAAGGAUAUUUGUAUACCGCGUUGUUGUUCAUAGUUUUAUGUAUAAACACGUUCAUGUAUCAUAUCUCCUUCCAUCACAUGCUUACUAUAGGACUCAAGGUUAAAACAGCACUAAUUUGCCUCAUCUACAAAAAGGCCAUAACGAUGAACAGAAGCGGACUGAAGUCGACGACAGUUGGGGAGAUUGUGAACUUGAUGAGCGUCGACUGUCAGAGGAUCCAAGACGCUUUCAUGUUCUCUUUUUAUAUCGUCUGCAUCUUCAUUAUACUUGUCAUUGCUGUUGUACAGCUAUGGGAUCUCAUGGGCGUGGCUAGUUUGGGCGGCCUUGCGGUUAUCCUCGUUGUUUUACCAACUGUUGGAAUGAUAGCCACCCAACAAUACAAAUUACAAAAGGAACUCCUUCGUCUAAAAGGAAACAGAAUAAAGAUCUUAAAUGAGGUUAUAAGCGGAAUAAAGGUACUUAAAAUGUAUGCCUGGGAACCUUCAUUUAUGAAAAGAAUUCAGGCAAUACGGCAGUCGGAAAUCAACUGUUUGUGGAAGUACGCCCUCUACACAGCUACAACAAUAGUGUUUGCCGUACAUAGUCCUUUUAUGAUAAAUUUCACGCUGAUCUUAAUUUACGUUCUGACGUCACCGACGCAUUCACUCGGAGCGGAGGAAACGUUCACAGCGUUGUCUAUUAUCAACAUUUUAAGAUAUCCAAUAGCACUCUGUCCUUUUCUGGUGAACGGAUCAGUGCAGGGAUUUGUUUCGGUUGGGAGAAUACAAGCGUUUUUGUGGACGGAAGAUGUUCGAACUGACAACGUCAAUGUUGUCAAACAAGCGGAAUAUCCAGUGUCAAUAGAAAGUGGUGAUUUUGCUUGGAAUGCUGAUGUUGAAACACCGAUACUAACAAACAUAACUCUGAAGGUUCGACCAGGUGAACUGAUUGCUGUGGUUGGUCAAGUGGGAAGUGGCAAAUCUUCGUUAAUUUCGGCUUGUCUUGGGGAGAUGGUCCGGAUGAGUGGCAAAGUUACAUUAAAGGGCAAAGUUGCUUAUGUGCCACAAGAAGCAUGGAUUCAGAACAUGACACUGCGUGAUAAUAUUCUCUUUGGGAAGAAGUACCAGGAGAAGAAGUACCGGAAGGUCCUGGAAUCGUGUGCGCUAUUACCCGAUUUGGAGAUAUUAGCGGGAGGGGAUAUGACGGAAAUUGGCGAAAAGGGUAUAAAUAUCAGCGGUGGGCAGAAACAGCGCGUCAGUCUAGCUAGAUCAGUGUAUAAUAAUGCGGAUGUCUACUUCUUGGACGACCCUCUCAGCGCUGUAGAUUCACAUGUCGGCAAACAUUUGUUCCAAAAGGUGAUCGGAAAUGACGGCUUAUUGAAACACAAGACACGUAUUCUGGUCACGCACGGAGUCCAUUGGUUACCGAUGGUUGACAGAAUUGUUGUCCUUAACAACGGUGUUAUAUCAGAAAUUGGUAGUUAUGUCGAGUUGAUUUCUCACGACGGAGACUUUGCCAGAUUCCUCCAUCAAUAUUUCCAGCAAGAUGACGACGAUGACGACCCGGAAAUUCAGGAGAUAAAGGAAACUAUACGAUCACAUAUAGACGAAGCAAAAUCUGACGGUGGAAUUACUUCAGAAGAUGACGGUUUAACGGCAAGUGGCAGGACGCACAGACGUUCGACACGGAUUAGCGCAUUUACAAGUUCAAGGUCAAUGUCGAAGCAGCCGGAAACAUUUAAUCCCGAUGAUUUAAGUCGACUCACGGUAGACGAGACAUCAGAGGAAGGAGCGAUUAAAGGCGCUGUUUUGUUAGCAUACAUUAAAGCAAUGGGCGUGUGUACGGUGGUAGUCGUGUUUAUCAGCAUGAGUAUAUUCCAAGGUUUGAACAUCUUCUCAAACUUCUGGUUGACCUACUGGACGGAGGACCCUUUGUUGAAGAACGUCAGUUUAUACCAGACGCAAGAAUACGAGGAUAAAUAUAUCUACUAUCUUCUUAUGUAUAUGGGCAUGGGUAUAAUACAAGGAAUUGCUGUAUUUUUAUCGUUUUACAUGGCUCUAACACGCAUGGUUCGGGCUUCCGGUAUAUUACAUAACUCCAUGUUGAAGAGUAUCCUUAGGUCACCAAUGUCGUUCUUUGAUACAACUCCAAUUGGUCGUAUGAUGAAUAGAUUUUCAAGUGACGUCGACAUCAUGGACAAUAAAUUGCCCGAGAGUUUCCGACUAUGGAGCGUUAUGGUUUUCUCUACGCUUGCGGUCGUCAUCGUAGUUGGAAUAACCACGCCCAUUUUCAUAGCAGCCAUUAUUCCUGUUGCAAUAUUGUUUGCCUUUGCCGUGAAAUUUUACCUCCCAACAGCAAGACAAAUGCGGCGAACGGAGUCUGUCAAACGAUCGCCAAUAUACAAUCAUUUUAGUGAAACAAUCACUGGUGCAGCCGUUAUUAGAGCUUAUCGAUGUUCGGAGCGAUUUAUCAACGAGUCAAGGAAACGAGUUGACGAGAAUAUAAAGUUUUAUUACGCAUCAAAUACUGGAGCAAGGUGGAUAGGAAUAAGACUGGAGACUCUUGGAAACGUUAUUGCACUGUUAGCUGCUGUGUUUGGACUUAUCUCUGAUGAACUUAAUGGGGCUCAAGUUGGUCUGUCAAUAACAUAUGCUGUCCAGAUUACGAUAACUCUAAACCUUGUUGUACUUGCUAUCAGUGAAAUGGAGAUGAACAUUGUGUCUGCUGAAAGAGUCGAAGAGUACACAAAACUGCCGUCUGAGGCUGGAUGGGUGUUGGAUACGGCAAGGGCACCAAUAGACUGGCCUAGAUCUGGGACAAUAGAGUUCCGUAACUAUCUGACUCGCUAUAGAGAGGGGUUGGACCUUGUUUUGCGAGGAAUUAAUUGUUCGAUCCAAGACGGAGAGAAGAUAGGAAUUGUUGGCAGAACAGGGGCCGGUAAAUCCUCUCUCACACUGUGUUUGUUUCGUCUGGUAGAAUCUGCUGGAGGCUCAAUUCUUAUAGACGGCGUAGAUAUAUCCAAACUCGGCCUGCAUGAUCUGAGGUCAAAAUUAACUAUCCUGCCACAGGAUCCCGUGCUGUUCUCUGGUUCAUUAAGAAGUAACCUUGACCCGUUUGGACGUUACAACGACGAGAGCAUUUGGUACGCUUUGGAGUGUGCUCAUCUGAAGAGUUUUGUUGACGGGGUCGAGGCUGGUCUGGAUUAUGAGUGUGGCGAGGGUGGUCAAAACCUCAGUGUCGGACAGAGACAACUGGUAUGUUUAGCAAGAACGCUGCUACAUAAAACACGUGUUCUUAUACUUGACGAAGCUACAGCCGCUGUAGAUAUGGAGACAGAUGAUCUUAUACAAGACACUAUCCGCGUACAGUUUAAGGAAUGUACGAUCAUCACUGUAGCUCAUAGGUUGAACACCAUUAUGGAUUAUGACAGAGUUAUGGUUUUGGACGCUGGUUUGAUUAAGGAAUUCGACUCACCGAAAACUCUUUUAAAAGACACGAAUGGUGUUUUCUAUGGAAUGGCAAAGAACGCUGGACUGGUUUAAAAACUACCGAACCGGAAGCAGCUAGAUAUGUCUGCUAUACGGUUUAGAAUUGUUAAUCUUUGUUUUAGUGAUGUUAGUGAAGAAAUGAAUAUUUAUUUGAAUUCCGUCUUGAAGUUAUGAGCAUUUGUUUAUGAAGUAUAUGUAAGGAGAAAAAUACGUAUAUCUCGGGUUAUGUCUUAGAACAUUUAUAGAAGUUUAAGUACAGAUUUUGAAUUAUGCUUAAGAAUUGUGAACUUUUGUUUAUAGAAGUUAUGAAAAUAAAGUCAGUACGUUAUCUGAAUUGUGAACCUUUCUGUACAAAAGUGAAAUGAAUAAAGUAAGGUUUUUAAUUGCGCCUUAUAAUUAUUCAUUGAAUUAUGGACAAUUCUUCAUAGAACUUUAAUUAGUUGAAUUACGCUUUUAGAAUUAUAAACUUUUGUUGAAAGAAAGUAAGAUAAAAAAGUCAAUUAUUUGAAUGGUUAACUAUUGUUUACAAACUUGAAAUGAAUAAAGUAAGAUUUUUAAUUCCGCCUUAGAAUAGUUUGAGUUACGCUUCAGAAUUGUACGACCUUUGUUUACAGAAGGCAAAUGAAUGACGUAACAUUUUGAAUUGCGCCUUAGAAUAAAGGAAUCUUUGUUUAUAGAAGUUAAAUAAAUAAACUAUCAUAUUUGAAUUGCGCCUUAAAAACUGUGAACAGUUGUUUAUAGGGUUGAAAUUACUUGAAUUGUGAGUAAAAGUGCUAAAUGCGAAUUGUAUAUAAUAUGUGUUGUGUUCCGUGAGAAAUGUUCACAAAAAUUGCUUCAUGAAAAAAAUUUCAUAGUGUGGUUUUGUUCAGUGGGUAUUGUUCAUAAAGUGUGUGCAAGUGCUUAAAAGCACAUUUUGUCCAGAAAUGCUUUUAUUUUAUUUCUUAAAAGCUUUUUUUAUUUUGUGUAAUAUUAUAGUAUCCGAAAUGUUACUCAUUUGCCAACAAACUGAAACAUAUUCCUUUGAUUUUUAGGGAAUAAGAACAGUUCUAGUGAUUAUGGACGCCAAGAUACUACUUUGUUUACAUUUUGCUACUUUUAUGACAAGUAAUUUCACAUUCAACACUCUUUUAAGGUAAAUAGCCUCAGGCAUGCUCAAAUACUACUAUGUAAACGUUAUAAAACUCGUGUUUGAUAAUUCUCAAGAAAGAAAAUGUUAUUCGUUUUUGAGGCAUAAUGUGCCUUUAAUGAAAUGUGAAAUGCUCAUAUUGUG